AUGUCUGCCAUCAACAACGCUGAAGCUAGCGUCGGUCAACCUCUUGACCAGACCAAGUCUUCCAACAACCCAUCCCUUGCCAUCCCCGGUGAUGCUGUUGAUGAUGGAACCGACAACGCUGUCGAGGUUCCCGCAACUCGCUCACAAGUCGCCGAUGUAUCAGGAUACAUGCACAACCUCUCCCUCUCGCCAUCCAUGAAGGAGAGGCGAGGCUCGCGUAACUCUUUCGGUGCCUCGCUUCCCAUCCCACGGUCAAAGAGGCAAUCAAGGUUGUCAUCUGUCCACUACCCAGACGGCCGCGGCGCUGCGCAGCGACCCGGAAUGCCUCCCAUCCAGCCUUCCCGCGACAUCAUUGCUGCUCAGCUCCAGGACCUUGCUGGCGAGAAGGUCCGCGCCGCAAAGGACAUGGCAUUCGUCUUCGAUAUCGACGGUGUCCUCGUCCACGGUGACCGCCUGAUCCCAGAGGGCAAGCGUGUCCUUGAGAUCCUCAACGGAGACAACGAGCUCGGCAUUAAGAUUCCUCACAUUUUCCUUACCAACGGCUCUGGUAAGCUUGAAGGCCCUCGUUGCGAGCAGCUUUCCAAGAUCCUGCACAACCCAAUCUCCACCGACCAGUUCAUCCAGUCGCACACUCCUAUGCGCGCUCUGGCAGAGUACUACAAGACCGUCCUUGUCGUCGGUGGUGAGGGCUACAAGUGCCGUGAGGUCGCCGAGGAGUACGGCUUCGAGAACAUCGUCGUCCCCAACGACAUCAUCGCAUGGGACCCUACCAUCGCUCCUUACCGCGUCUUCACCGAUGAGGAGCGCAAGACCUCGCGUCCCCGUGACUUUUCCAAGGUCAACAUCGACGCCAUCAUGGUCUUCUCCGACUCCCGCGACUACGCCACCGACAUGCAGAUCAUCAUGGAUCUGCUGCAGUCGGAGAACGGCCGCUUCGGAACCCGCGCCAAGGACCCCGUGUCCCAGCGUAUCCCCAUCUACUUCUCCCAGGGCGACAUGCUGUGCCCCACCGAGCACCCGUUCCCCCGCAUGUCGCAGGGCGCCUUCCGCAUCGGUCUCGAGGCCAUGUACAAGUCGCUCACCGGCGUUGACCUCGAGCGUGUCGUCUACGGCAAGCCUGAAUUGGCUACCUACAAGUACGCCGACGAGGUGAUUGCCAGCUGGAUGGAGCAGAUCCACAACGAUGAGCGCCUGCCCGCCAACAUCUACAUGAUCGGUGACAACCCGGCUUCCGAUAUCAUCGGUGGUAACAUGUACGGCUGGAACACUUGCCUGGUGCGCACUGGUGUGUUCCAGGGCGGCGAGAACGACGAGGAGAACCCCGCUAGCUUCGGCGUGUUUGUCAAUGUUCUUGAGGCUGUCAAGACGGCUAUGAAGAAGGAAUUGGGCCAGGACUUCAACUUUGAGUUUGACGAGAAGAUCAACCCUGUUCUUCACGGUGAUCCUUCUGCUUCUGCUAUUGCUUAA